UUCGUCUCAGAUUGUUAGCUGGAAAAGUCAAGUUGUGGUGUGUGUGAGAAUUUAAAAAAAAAAUACAAACAAAAAACAUUGUUAUUUAGUUUGAGGACUAAAUAAAAAUAGAAAAUAAAAAACCGGACCAGCAGAAGUAAAACAACAUGUUAACAGCUUUUGGUUUAGAUGCUUUUGGAAGAUUUUUUAUUUGUUUCUGCUGCUCCUUGUUUGUGCUCAUCCUACAAAAUCAUGUUAUAAAAGUCUCGGGAGACAAUGCUGUAGUGACAACAGAUAAUGAUAUUUCCCAUAUUGGUGAUGAUUGUCAAGUAACGCCUGUUAUACAUGUUUUACAAUAUCCGGGUUGUGUACCCAAACCUAUACCCUCUUUUGCUUGUGUAGGACGUUGUGCUAGUUAUAUACAGGUAUCCGGCAGUAAAAUUUGGCAAAUGGAACGUUCUUGCAUGUGUUGUCAGGAAUCUGGUGAACGUGAAGCUGCUGUUUCUUUAUUCUGUCCCAAGGCCAAACAUGGUGAACGUAAAUUUAAAAAGGUCUUAACAAAGGCUCCCUUAGAGUGCAUGUGCCGUCCCUGCACCUCUAUUGAAGAGUCGGGUAUUGUACCACAGGAAAUUGCUGGCUAUUCUGAUGAGGGUCCCUUAAAUAAUCAUUUCCGUCGCAUUGCUUUGCAGUGAACAUUUUAUAACUGAUGACACUUUUCGUUCUCCUAAAAAAUGCCUUAAUUAAAACUAU